GAAUUCCUAUCGAAAUACAUAAGGAUGAAAAAGUCUACGUUCCCGAAUUGAUCUUCGGCCACCUUUUGACUUCGUCGAAUUAUGAUGAUAAUGAAAAAAAGGUUACGGGUGGUCGUAAUGGAUAUGGUGCAAAAUUAACAAAUAUUUUUAGUACUGAAUUUAUUGUGGAGACGACUGAUACGACUGUUAAAAAAAAGUAUCGACAAAUAUUCAAGGAUAAUAUGAGCGUUAAACAAAAUCCAAAAUUAACUUCGUACUCAAAGAAAGAAGAAUAUACGGAAAUAACUUUUAAACCAGAUCUUGCAAAGUUCGGCUUGACAGAAUUAACAGACGACAUUGUCUCAUUGUUAAAAAAACGUGUAUUCGAUAUGGCUGGAUGUGUUAAGAAUGUAAAAGUCUUUUUGAAUGAUGAAAGAAUUAAAAUUCGAAAUUUCAAGGAAUAUAUUCAAAAAUAUUUACCACCUCCAAGUCCAUCUGAAGAUUCAACUACGAAACCAUCAGAUGUAAUACAUGAACAAGUUAAUGAACGAUGGGAAGUUGGUUUCACUCCAAGUCAAGAAGGUCAAUUUCAGCAAGUGAGCUUUGUAAAUAGUAUCGCUACUACAAAAGGUGGUACACAUGUUAACCAUGUUGUUGAUCAGCUGGUUACAAGAAUCAUGGAAGCUGUCAAGAAAAAGCAAAAAGAUGCUAAAUUAAAACCAUUCCAGAUUAAGAAUCAUAUUUCCUUAUACAUUAAUUGUUUAAUUGAAAAUCCGAGCUUCACCUCUCAGACUAAAGAAUUUAUGAGUUUAAAGGAAAAAUCAUUUGGUUCAUCUUGCAUUAUUAGUGAAAAUUUUAUAAACAAAGUUUUAAAGUCUGUAAUUAUCACGGAUAUUAUUGAAGAAGUCAAACAGAAACAGGAUAGAGAAUUAAAGAAAACAGACGGUGCAAAAAAGUCCAAUGUUCUCUCUAUCGAAAAAUUGGAAGAUGCUGGUAAUGCUGGAGGCAAAUAUGCACAAAACUGUACUUUAAUCCUUACAGAAGGUGAUUCAGCUAAAUCUCUUGCUGUGGCCGGAAUUUCUGUUGUUGGUCGUAAAAACUUUGGUGUAUUUCCACUUCGUGGAAAGUUAUUAAACGUUCGUGAUGCAUCACAUUCAUCAAUAAUGAGCAAUGAAGAAAUUCAAAAUAUCAAGAAAAUUCUUGGAUUACAACACAAUAAACAGUAUACAUCCACAAAAGAUUUACGAUAUGGUCAUCUUAUGAUUAUGACUGACCAAGAUUAUGAUGGAAGUCAUAUUAAGGGGCUUAUUAUUAAUCUUUUGGAUCACUUUUAUCCUUCCUUGUUGAAAAUUCCCGAUUUUUUACGUGAAUUUAUUACACCUAUUGUCAAGUGUACCAAUAAUCGAACCAAAGAAAUAAUUUCAUUCUAUACGAUCCCGGAAUAUGAGCAAUGGAAAUCAUUAAAUCAGGACGGAAAAGGCUGGUCCAUAAAGUAUUAUAAGGGAUUGGGAACUAGUGAAGCUAGAGAUGCGAAAGAAUAUUUUAGUGAUUUACCAACUCAUAUGAAACCUUUUCGUGAACUUCAACAAGACGAACGUUCACUAAUAGAUAUGGCAUUUAAUAAAAAAAAGGCAGAUGCUCGUAAAGACUGGUUGCGAACUUAUCAACCUGGAACUUAUAUGGAUCACAGUGUUGACGAAAUUACAAUAACCGAUUUCAUUAAUAAGGAAUUGAUAUUGUUUAGUAUGGCAGAUAACGCGCGUUCAAUACCUUCAGUAAUUGAUGGAUUCAAACCUGGUCAACGUAAAGUUAUGUACGGUUGUUUUAAGAGGAAUCUUACCAAAGAAGUGAAGGUCGCUCAAUUAGCGGGAUACAUCUCCGAACAUUCGGCUUAUCAUCAUGGCGAACAAAGUCUUACAUCUACUAUAAUUGGCCUGGCUUAUGACUUUGUUGGAUCUAACAACAUAAAUUUAUUGCAACCACGAGGUACAUUCGGUACAAGGGCCCAAGGUGGAAAAGAUGCUGCAAGCGCUCGUUACAUUAAUACAGCACUCCAACCAAUCACACGGUUAAUCUUUCAUAAAUCAGAUGAUAAUUCAUUGAAAUAUCUCAAUGAUGAUGGUCAAUGGAUCGAACCAGAAUGGUAUUGUCCAAUCAUACCAAUGGUGCUCGUGAAUGGAUCAGAAGGUAUAGGAACAGGAUGGAGUUCUUAUAUCCCAAAUUAUAAUCCUAUGGAUUUAGUUAAAAAUAUACAUCGUUUAAUGGAAGGUAAAGAACAAGAACCAAUGCAUCCUUGGUAUCGUGGUUUUAAAGGUGAAAUUAAGCCAUUGGAAAAAGAUAAAUACACAAAUAAUGGCGUGAUUGAAAGAAUCUCUCCUACAGAAAUAAAGAUUACAGAAUUGCCCGUUCGAACUUGGACGCAAAAUUAUAAAAAAGAUUUAAUCGAUAAGUUUAUGGGAUUUAUAAGUAAGUUUGAUGAAGAACACAAAUCUCAUACUGUAGAAUUUCAUAUUUCAUUGAAGGAAGAACUUGCUGACCUUAGUGAUGAGGAACUUGCAAAAAAAUUUAAGAUCAUUUCUACUAUUCCUAUAUCAAACAUGGUUUGUUUUGAUCCGGAAGGACGCUUGAAAAAGUACCAAACUCCUGAAGAUAUUCUUCAAGAAUUUUAUUAUAUUAGAUUAGAUUUGUAUUCUAAAAGAAAAGAUUAUUUGAUAGCCGAAUUAAGACAUGAGUGCCUUAAGCUAGCAAACAAAGUUCGUUUCAUCAACAUGAAAAUAAAGCACGAACUUGAAUUUGAAGGAUUGAGGAAAAAAUCCAUAAUAGAAUUACUAGAGGCUAAUGGCUUUGACAAGGUUCAUAAAAGAUCUAUUAUAAAACGUAGUUUAGAAGAAACAAAUGAAGCGGAUGAAGAAGAUUCAAAUGAUAGUGGUUAUAAUUACCUUAUGUCAACACCUGCUUGGGCUUUCAGUAAAGAAGAGUCAGAAAGAAUUAGUUCUUUGAAGAAUGAAAAAGAAAAAGAAUUAAGGAUUCUUGAAGCAAAACCUCCUAAAGAGUUUUGGAAGGACGAUUUAAAGGCAUUUGAAGAGCAAUGGAACAAUGAUUUGACCGAGUUUGAAGAAAAUAUGAACGCCGGCGGAGUAGUAAAAAAGAGCAAAAAAAGAGUAACGAAGCCAAAAACUACCGAGGUGGUUAAAAAGGCGGUUAAAUCGAGUUCGAAGGCAGAUGAUGUUUUUGAAGUAGACGAUGACGAUGUUGAAAUAGUGUUCAAACCAAAACGAAAGAAAUUAACUAAAGUCUAG